GUUUCCCCGUCUGGGAUUCUGUACUCUGUGUCAACUACGACCGAGUGACCAGGUGGUUGUAACUGUACCUAGUCACAACAAUUGUCUCAUACACACUGCACCAUUCCGGUAUACUCUCAUAUCUGUGGCUGUAUCUGCCUUCCUGACCACACCAUGACCUCGAUCACGAUCAAAGACACCCUCCCACUCCCCAAUUCCUCCGUCCGCAUACCCCGCCUGGGCUUCGGCGUGUACCAAUCUUCGGCCUCUGUGUGCGUACAAUCAUGUCUGUCGGCCAUUGAGGCAGGUUACCGACACAUCGACACCGCUCAGUUCUACGCCAACGAGGUGCAAGUGGGCGAAGCGGUGCGCAAGUGCGGCCUACCUCGCGACGACAUCUUCGUCACCACCAAGAUCCUUUCCGCAGGCGGGACCGUGGAAAAGUCGUAUCAAAAGUGCGUGGACAGUGUGAACAAGAUCGACGGUAGCGAUGGCCAUGUGGAUUUGUUCCUGAUACACAGCCCCAACGCCGGCAGCAAGGCCAGGAAGGAGAUGUGGCAGGCGCUGGAAAAGCUGUACGAGGAAGGAAAAGCGAAGAGCAUCGGCGUGAGUAAUUUUGGUGUUGGUCAUAUCGAGGAGAUGAAGAGUUAUGCAAAGGUUUGGCCACCGCACGUCAAUCAGAUCGAGUUACACCCUUGGUGCCAGCAGCGUACAGCCGUCGAGUAUUGCCACAAACACGGUAUCGUCGUCGAGGCAUACUCGCCUCUCGUCCGAAAUUACAAGGCCAAUGACGAAACCCUCGUGGGCCUGGCGAAGAAGUACAACAAAACCACAGCACAGAUAUUGAUCAGAUAUUGUCUUCAGAAGAACUGGGUACCUCUACCCAAGAGUGACAACGCAGAUCGGAUAAAGCAGAAUGCCGACGUGUACGGAUUCGAUAUCUCGGCCGAGGAUAUGAGGACGUUGGACUCGCUGGAUCAAGGAGAUGCUGGUGCCAUUGUACAGGCCGUGGACAAUUCGUAGCCACGGCUGUUUUGUUUUUUGGUGUUGGUGUUGAUGUUGAAGAAGAAAAAGGCGAGAUGGCUUUGUUUUGAAUUUGAACCUAGUACCUGAAGUAGGUGCUUGAUUUCACAGGUACUCGACUUCACUACCUGUGGGCACCUUUCACCAUCGCCCUCCAAUGAGCCACCCAGAAAUAAACCAUCACUUUAUGUUUUUGAAGAGUGAAAUUUGUUUCUCAAUGGCGAGCCCGCUCGACCUCUCCAGCCCCUUCGGCCGUGCACACUAGACAGACCAGGAUCAGGUCACGUCUAGACGGAGGUGAUUGCGAAGUCCUGAUCCCGGCAACGGGCGAAUGCGAUAACGGGCUAGACUCCUCGUGAAUUGACCUAACGAUGGGGGAACCAUUCAGCUGCCAUUCGGAAAAACCGAGUACCCAUGAUAGCACCUUUGAAAAGAAGCUCUGCUUAGGCUUUGUUACCUCACUCCAACGCCUGGACCUGAUCAGUCCAGGGUUUCGGGGCAGAGUUUUUGUCAUUCGACUAAUUUUUUUUGGACGGAUUACUUUUCGACUGGAUUGGUUGAUUCACAUUCAGGAAAGGGGGUUCGAGCCCUGUUGUGUUCGAUUCAUUCACGCGGAGCCUUUUCUGUUUUGUUUUGUUUUCGUGUCCAGGGGCUGCGAAUCCUAUUGCAACUUCACUGCCUUUGAUCUCGGGUUCGAGUCUUGUUGUGUUCAUUUCUUCACGCGAAACUUCACCUCUUUUGCAUCUCAGGGGCUCGAGUCCGUUGCAACUUCACUGAUUUUUGGAUCUCGGUUCGAAUCCUGCUGUAGUCACUCAUUUACGUGCAAAUUUUUGUUUCCUCCUCGAUCUCAGGGGCGUCGAGUCCUGUUGUGUUCAUUCAUCACGCGAAACGUGCUUCUUAUUCUUUGGUCUUGGAUAUUCACUCAUCAUGCGAGUUGGCCCAGCCGAACGUCAAUCUCGUCCAGGACCAGCUCAGAAGGCUAAUGAAAGAAG